UUACUUGGUGCAGACGUGUAACAAACACAUCGAACAAAAUUACCGUCGACUUCGGGGCCCGUUAAGUUGGUUUUUAUUUUCCGCCGUUAAAAUGGCCUUAAAAUGGGGAGUAGCAGGUGCCGGCAGGAUUUCUCAUGACUUCGUAACGGCGGUACAAACAUUCCCGGAAACGGAUCACAAAUUUUUCGCUGUCGCCGGUAGAAAUAAAGAGAACGUUGAGAAAUUUGCUAAAGAACACAACAUUCCAAAACCGUACUAUGAUUAUCUUCAUCUAGCCGAAGAUACGGAUGUUGAUAUUGUUUAUAUUGGAAACUUAAAUACUCAACAUUUCGAAUGUACCAAACUGAUGCUUGAACACGGAAAGCACGUGCUUUGCGAGAAACCGUUCACAAUGAACGAAAAGCAGACCAGCAGAUUGGUAACCAUAGCGAGAGAGAAGAAACUUUUUCUAAUGGAAGCGGUUUGGUCCAGGUGCUUCCCAGCGUAUCUCGAAGCCAGAAAAAUCAUAGACUCUGGGGCCAUUGGAGACGUGUUGUUCGCAUCAGUUCAUUUCGGGCACGCCUUACAACAUGUCGACAGACUGAGAUCGAUGGAUAUGGGAGGCGGUGCCAUUUUAGACUUGGGAAUUUACAUCCUGCAGUUUCAGCAAUACGUCUUCAGGGGACUGAAGCCGAUUAAAAUAGCCGUCAACGGUCAUAAAAACAGUUGGGGUACCGACGAAUCGGCCGGAGCCGUAAUUACUUAUCCGGGUGGUAAGAUGGCGGUGGUCAGUACUUCCGCGAGAGUGACUUUACCCAACGAGGGAAUCAUAGUCGGAACAAAAGGAACUUUGAAAUUACCAACCUUCUGGUGUCCAACAAAACUUAUCACUGCUGAUAAAACUCUGGAGUGGUCAUUGCCCGAAUCUGCAGUACCAUUUUUUCAUACGAAUAGCGCAGGUCUAUCCUACCAAGCUGAGGAAGUCAGGCAAUGUAUCAAACGAGGAGAAAUCGAGUGCAAACACAUGACGCACGAGGAAUCAAUUGAGUUGGCGCGACUCAUGGACACGAUGAGAAAAGAAGUGGGAGUUAUUUUUCCCGAGGAUUCUCAGGAGUUUUAGAAAGUAUACCGGUUACGAUAGAAAAAUAUACGAACCAAGUCAGUGUGUCAGAUUUUGCCAAUAUAGAGCAAGGCAAAAUUAUAUUUUGAAGAAAAGCAAUGCGAAUGUAUGAAAAUAUAUUUGUUUAUGACAAGUUUCACAAGUUUACCAGCUUCCAUAAAUUAACGCACUAAAAUUUAAAAAAAAUUCUUGAUCCUUUUUACUUUACUUUUGCUUUACUCUACUUUAGCGAUAUUUUGGAUUUUUAAAAGUGUAUUUCUAUCACAUGAACUUUAAGUUUUGUCACCUGUUAACAACUUUUCGCACAUUUUACCAUUUUAAGGACCUUAACAAUCUAAAAUAGGAAAUUGCAAACCAUGGGGGCCAUUCAACCGUUUGGAUUUUAUGGGGAGUCAAAGAUGCAACAAUGACAUGUUUGAAACGUCAUUUUACUUUUGACAACAGCAGGUGUUUAAUAUUUUGAAAUCAUAAAGUGCACAUCGAGGUAAUACUCCUUUUUCCAUUUAACUUUUUUCCAAGAUGGCCCUCUACCAGCAUUUUGAAAAUCAGAUCUAUCACUUUUAUAUCAAGUAGUAGGGUCUUUUAUUAUUUUUUCAUUUGUUUAUUUUUUAUUAUUUUAUCGUUUUUUUGUGGAUUUUAACCAUCAACUCGAUUUAUUUCUGACUUGCUUUAACUAAAUUUAUCCAAGGUUUGGCGAAGGUUCUGGCCCUCGUGCCCCACUCUCCACUCUCCAAUUGUAUGUUAAAAACGCUACUUCUUAGAAACUAUUUUUCUAUCGAUUACAUUUUUUUUUAAGAUUUUCGAAAGCUCUGACUUGAGGCUAAAUGCAUAGAAUUAUCCUAAAAAUAACACUUUUCAUAAAUUAAUCAUUAUUCGGUUAUGAAAAUAUGGAAUAGCUUUUUUUAGAAUUUUUGAGCGGUCCAUUUUACCCCUGCACACAAAAGGCUAAAAAUUUACAAAUAACCAGAAUUCAUAAGUUAAUUUCAAUGGUUAUUUAAACAUUUCAAUAGUUAUUCAAUUUUAAACAAUAAUGAAAUAUUUCUAGUCAAAUUUUCAACAACGCCGAAUAUGUUUUUAAUCGAUAAGCAAUUCAUUUAAAAUUGAUUCGAAACAAAAAACAGGCAUUAAAUCAUUUGAAUCGCAUAAGUUUAUUUAUUUAUUUCAAAAUUGGUCGGUAGAGAAAACAUGUCCAUAAGCAGUUUUGGUUAGUUGACCUGCUGAUUGAUUACUAAAAUUUGAUUAAAAGUCAGCUCCCACGUAUAAAUUUGACAACAAAAGUAAUUUAGGGCACUCCAGGAUGACAUUACCUGCUGACUGAUUUAGAAAUGUUUGCUGACGAUAAGUUACUAAUCAACUAACCAUUUUGGCUGACCGCAUACAUUUUUUUUUUACAAAAGAAAUACUUUGCUAACCGGUUAAAUAAUACCCUUUCUAAUGACUACGUAAUAUAAACGGUAUUUAAUAUCGCGCAGUAAACAGUUACUUACCCUCAUCAAAACUCUCCAUAACACCACAAUAUUUGAAAACCAAACACAUUCAUAAGAAACGUCAAAACGAAUUAGCCGCUGCGUGACAGUUGUAUGACGAGCACAUGAGAGUCACGGCAUGCCAUGGUUUUUAAAAUGUUUUAUUUCGGCCAAAAACUUUCAGUUUCUGCGGAUCAAUUUAUUCAAUUAUGUCUCCCUAGAUUCCCUAAGUCUGUGCGACUGUGCAAAAUAUUGUGCAUUGACUUUUAUAAAAUGGUAAAGUGCUUAGAGUUUUGGAACUAUGUCACCAGUUUCAGUGGUGGAGUUUGGCGAAUGAAAUAUAUUCUGCGUUUAAAGUAAAAGUUAGCUUAUUAAGUUUCUUUGCGUAUUUGUGGUAGAAAUGUAAUCAACAAGUAUAUAUCAUGACCACCGAAAAAUUAACAUUGAAAUAUCACUGAUUAAAACAAAAAACUUCGAAACUGGAUUAUUCCUCAACAAAACUAAAUGAACAAUUGGAAAAAUGAAAUUUUAUUACAAAAUACCGCAAAAAAAUUAAAUAGAUCCAAAAAAACUUUUUCAAAAUCUGUCGGUGCUUAUUUCCAUUCCUCUUCAUUUUAAAAUAAGGCGGUGACGAGAUUUAAUGAUAAUAAUCUUUUUUCUCACGGAUCCGAGUCACUUCGGACAUUUCCGGGAAUUUACCGCACGGGUUUGGGAGCAAUCGGAUGUUUUCGAAGGUAUUUCCCACGCCUUGAAUUUUGACAUUUGUCAAUUCUGAAGUUCAUGUCAGUGAAUGCGUGUUGUUUGGCGAAAAUGUAACCAAAAAAGAGAAAAAGUAUAGUACGCAACACGUUCGGUAAACUUUUUAAGUCACUCGUUUAUUAAACACUCGCACCACUCGUAUCAAAUAUUGCAUAAUAUACUAUUAAUAAUCACUAAUAAUCAAGUAAAAAACAUCAGUCUCGUUUUGUUUCCUACAUUUAUGUCGCAAACCAUGAUGGUAAAAUUAUAUCUUAAGUGCCUGAAAUGAAAAGGGGUUGAAAAGCCUAAAUAUUCUUGAAAGAGUGUAGUAUCAAGUUAACUGAACACUAAACUUUCAAUAUAAACAUUUUGGUCGUAAUCAGAAAAGUUUUUUGUCAUAUUUUACUUAGUGAUGUUAUAAAAAUAUUUAUAAUUGUUAAUAUUAUAUGCUUCUAGUUAUAUAGGAUGCAAUAAAUUUUAAUUUUUUGACGAAAAUUUUGAAAAAUAUCUUGUAGAGUUCUUUCUGAUGUUGGGUUUACCUUGAGCCGUCUGCGUUGCUAUUUAAAUAUGACCAUUUCAUCAAAACAAUAUCAGAUAUCGUCCGAAGUUUAUGAAAUUUGGCAAAACCAAAAUAUAAAAUUUCCCAGAGAGUGUUUGAACCUCAAUAUUUGAUUAUUUACAAUCAGAUGGCUAUGGUAAAUUAAAUAAAUUAAUCACAAGUCUUUUGAAUUCCUCAAAAUAAAUUAGAACUAAAAGUUCAGAUUUUCACAUGAUAAUUGUAUCGACAACAAAUCUUUCUUUAUCAGAUAUUGUCAUGUGAAAAUAUAUAAUCUCGUGAAGAUCUGAACUUUUAGUUCUUAUUUAUUUUGUUAAAUGGACUUUCACAAAGUAAAAGCCACCUCAGUUCAAUUUUUGAAUUCCUCCUGAAUCCAUUUAGAGCUUGACAGCUUGUUGGUUAAUUGUGGUUAGUUGUUGUAGUGGUACUUUGUCUAAGAAGUCAUACCUGUAAAAAAAGUAAAUAACUUUCGACAUUUCAAUGUACAUGUAAAUUCUACAAGACACGUGAGUCUUUCAGAGAUAUUACAAAAUUAGGAAUUUUAUCAGGUCACCAGUGACAUUGUUGACACGCGACAGUUCCAUUAGAUGAAGAUAUUGCUUUAUCAGGAAAAAUAAUAACUCUAAUUCUCCUUGAAUGGGACAGCAAAAAAAAAGCUUUUAUUUUUAAUGAGUGAACUUCUUUUUGUUAGAACAAAUUACAAAUUUUCCGUUCCACGGUCCUGACUCAUCAUUUUUUGCGACAAAAAAAUUUAGAAUUUAUAGGUAAAUUUUAGGACAUUUAGCUGA